AUGGCCGCACGUGUUGACAUUUCUCGUCUUAUAUUCGACAAAAACUUCAAGCGGCAAAUGAGCAACCGCCAGAAUAUCACCCGACUUGAGCGAAUUAUGGAUACUGAAGGGUGCUAUCGCCUGAUGGAAGAAUACCAUGUCCCUGUUUUGGUUCCUGGAAGUGAUUGGGAACGUUACGUCAGGCCACGACUGGUCGAUGGACAAAUCCAUCAAUUGGAUGUCGAUAUCGACUAUCAGCUGCGCGCACAGGAUCACGAAAAUUUGAUUAUCGCGGCAAGGAACAAGCUCAGUCCGAGCAAUUCAUGGUGGAUUGUGGAUGUUUACGUCACAGACCAGAUAGUGAAGAUCCCUUACAAGAAGAAUUCAUCCGGUCUCUUCGAGAGCACUUCCCGAAUGAUCAAACACCUCCGGAUGGGCUAA